UCGAUCAAAGAAGAAUGCGGGGCUACAUGGGUCGAUCGAUUCUUCUCUGAUUGAUUUCCUGCCUGAAAGCCGUGCCCCACGCGCCUCAUGAUCAUCGUCGGUGUUGCAUGGUUAGGCCUAGUCGAGGAGGGAUGCAACCUUCCAACAUAAGAAGCUUGGUAAGUCUAAUCUUAGGUCUAUGUAUGCCAUCAUGAGGACCUACAUAAGGAAGCCCGAGUCCUCGGGAUAAUUCUCAGAUCAGCCUUUAGCUAUCUUCUAUCUCGAUCACUCGCUUCGACAAUCCCCAAGGCUUUCAAUAUGGUUCGCUCAAUCAUGGUUGCAGCUCUAGCUGCCACGGCGACAGCUCUUUCAGCUAGUCGGCAUGCGGCUAGGAAUGUAGAGCUAUUCACGAUCGAUCUAGGGUCUGGCGAGACUCAGAUUGUGACCGAGGAAGAGAAAUGGGCUCUCAAGAAAGAAGGCAAAACUUUCAUGGACAUAACCAAUCACCCUAACCUCGCAUCCUCAGCAUCCCCCAAGCGCGCCGUCGCAGCAGUCGCGUAUCCCUCGGCAAUGGCCCAAGAAGACACUGUAAAAAGUCUCAUCGGCAAGCUGGACAAGACAUAUGCUGAAGAGAAGCUGACGACCUUCUCCAACUUCUUCACCCGUUUCUACCUGUCCGACCAAGGCAAGCAGGCUUCAGACUGGCUACUCUCCGAGGUCCAGGCCGUCCUUGAAGCAAGCGGGGCUAAGGGCGCGUCGGCGAAGGCGUUCCCCCACAAUUGGGUGCAGAGUAGCAUCAUUGCCACGAUCCCCGGGAAAUCUACCGACAAGAUCAUAAUCGGGGCUCACUUGGAUUCGAUUAACCAGAGAAACCGUACUGGAAGGUCUCCCGGUGCCGAUGACGACGGUUCUGGCUGUGUAACGACGCUGGAAGCUCUGAGGGUUCUCCUGACCGACCCAAAGAUUGUAGCCGGAGAAGGUCUCAACACUCUAGAGUUCCACUGGUAUUCCGGUGAAGAAGGUGGCUUGCUUGGCAGCGGUGACAUCUUCGAUGCAUACUCCGAAAACAAAACCGUUGUUAAGGCCAUGCUCCAACAGGACAUGACCGGCUUUGGAUCGAACCCCAUGGGCGUUAUCACCGACCGAGUCGAUUCAGGCCUUACCGCGUACAUGCGAAAAGUCAUCGACGCCUACACCGAAAUCGGCUACGUAGACUCCCAAUGCGGCUACGGAUGCUCCGACCACGCCUCCGCCAUGGCCGCGGGGUACCCCGCCUCAUUCGUGAUCGAGUCGGCGAUGGACAUCACAAACCAGGACAUCCACACCGACCGCGAUACCAUUGACAAGAUCAACUGGGAUCACCUGCUCGAACACGCCAAGAUGGUUGUCGGGUACGCUUACGAAUUGACGUUUGCGGAGUUGUAAGCUUUAGCGGCGUUUGUUCGUUUCUGAUUUCGACAUUGGAUGACAUCGUCGAAACCGCUGUGUUACUGGAUAGGUUGAUGAUUAAAAAAGACUAGGAGAUAAGAAGUUAAUAAUUAGUACCUAUUUCUACGCCACUUGCAUCUGUCCUUAUCAAGCCCCCUUUUUCACA